CGCUGACUGAUGAAACAACUUCCGGUUACGAAAAAUAUCAAAAAGUAAUUUCGUUUUAAACAUUUUGAUACUGCACUUUUAAGACGAUGUGUUAACAACUUUAAAACUGGUAAACAAAAAUCUGCUAAUCAAGAUGACUGACAGGACAGGGGUUGGCCCUCCACGUGUGCUCAACUGGACUGCCAUCCAAAAUGAUGAAAGACUUCGGGAACAACUUCAAAGUGUUUUAAACAAUGUGGGUCAAAGUGGCAACAGACAAACAAGUGCAAUAAACAAUCCCAUCUCAGAGCAAGGCAUGCCAAAUACUGUGAUUGACAUGUCAGGUGGACAGGCAACUGGAUUAGGCCAGACCUCCAAUGCCCAAAACCACACCCACUCACAUAGCCACACCCCUAAUGAAGCUAGCCAUGACCAUUCCCAUGCUAACAACCAGGGAGAAGAUCAAGGAGCAAUGGGUGGGGCCAGUGAAUUGAGUAGCCAGCAACUAAAGCUACUCUGGGUUUUCCUACAGAAGGGCCUGCCAUUCCUUUUACUGCUUCUUGCCAAGGUUCUUUAUAACCAUAGAUUAGGCAUCCUUGUGUGUAUUGGGCUGUUUGGUACCUACUGGCAUGCUAACACAGCUAUUAAGAAACAGAUUGCACACAGGGCUAGGGAAUCAACUACGAAAACAGUACUUACCACACUUUGGCUUGUGACAUUUAUUAGUGGAAAUAUAUUCUUUAUCUACUAUGUGUUUGAGGAUCAACAACUGUAUAGGAGUUUAUAUUUCUUCCCCCCUAAUAUGGAGGAGUUACCAGAACUAGAUAUGUGGACCUUGCUUUGGGUGGUGGGAAUGACAGAUUUUGUGGCAAAAUUUGGCGGAAUGAUCAUAAAAUCUCUAAUAGCUGCCAUGCCUGUUCAGUGCAUGCCUUAUAAAGCCAGAGGGAAAUACUACCUAAUGGUGGAAGAGACUGUUCAGUUCUAUAGAUGCCUGACCCCCAUCACCCCCUGGUAUCUUACCCUAGUGAACCCUACCCAUGGGGGACAGUGGUUCGCAGCAUUGCUAAUAGUCAUAUACACAGUACUCAAGUCUAUGUCACUAUGGAAGAGACUUCUGCAUUAUAAGAAAACUAUACAAAAAUUCCGUUCAGAUUUGAGCUAUGGCAUGACAGUUAAGGAAAGUGACUUAACUGAGCAACAGUGCCCCAUAUGUCAAGACAACUAUAGCCAACCUGUUAAACUCACAUGUGGGCACAUAUUCUGUGAAGACUGUGUCUGUCUCUGGUUUGAUCGGGAGCGUACAUGUCCAAUGUGCCGAGCAAAUAUUGUAGAUGAUCCAAUAUGGCGGGAUGGAGCGACAAGUGCUGCCAUCCAGUGGAUCUCAUACUAAAUAAAAGGAAAUGGGUCUAUGAUUCUACUAACUUUUCUGUUUAUAUAUUAAAUUCCUUGGCCUCACGUAGAAAAUUUUAAAGAGAAAACACCACAACGGACUUGCAUGUCUGAACACUUUUUCUCAAUUCCAAUUUUCUUCUCUCCCAUUGACUCACAUGUAAAGAAACUUUGAAAUGUGAACACUUGCUAACUGAACACUUUUGGCCGGUCCCAAUGGUGUUCAGAUUUAACAGGU